AUGGUGAUGCCAGAGACCUGCAGCACCCUCUCCACGCUGGGCGGCAACCGCGCGGCUACAUCCCCGAUCGCCUUGCCAAGUUGCCUCGGCGCGCGCCUCCUCCGGGGGGACGGUGGCCAGGCUGGUGGCGUGGUGCGGAAGCGGGCCGUGCUGCAGUUCGCCUGCCCGAGGGCGAGGACGCGCGUCCUCUCCAAGUCCUCUGGCGCCGUGCGCUUGAGCAGCUGGAUGGCCACCACACCGUCCUGCUGGAGCCCACGGAGGCGGAAGCCAUGCUCGUGGAAGCACCCCCACGACGCCGACGCGCGACUCCACGCCGGGGGCGCAGGUGCGGCCCUGGACGACCCUGGGAGGUCUCUUGCAGCGUCUGGCCCAGAACUCCCAGACGUUCACGCCCACCCUUUCCGUUCGGCAGCUGAGGUCCUCCACGGGCUCCUCGACCUGCAGCGCCUCCGGCAGCGCCGCGCGACGGAGGGGGCGGCCGCAGCGCCUUGA